AUGAGUAACGCCUCUGAGCUCCCAGGCACAGAUGUCCCCCUGGCAUCAGCAACCUGGCCACAGGUCAGCCUCUCACUGGCCACACCCACCAUGCCCGGAGGGUCACAGACAGACCGUAUGGGGAACAGCUCCCAGGAGACCCCCAAGCUCUUCCUUACCACCUCACUGGCCCGGGGCAUCUCAGGCAUCUUUGUCUGGGCUGCACUUCUACUAACCUGCCACCAGAUCUACCUGCACCUGCGUUCCUACACAGUCCCCAACGAGCAGCGUUACAUCAUCCGCCUGCUCUUCAUUGUCCCCAUCUAUGCUUUCGACUCCUGGGUCAGCCUGCUCCUGCUGGGGGACCACCAGUAUUACAUCUACUUCGACUCUGUGCGGGACUGCUAUGAAGCCUUCGUCAUCUACAGCUUCCUGAGCCUCUGUUUCCAGUACCUGGGCGGGGAGAGUGGCAUCAUGGCUGAGAUUCGGGGGAAGCCCAUCCAGUCCAGCUGCUUCUAUGGCACCUGCUGUCUGCGGGGUAUGUCCUACUCCAUCGGCUUCUUGCGUUUCUGCAAACAGGCUACCCUGCAGUUCUGCAUCGUGAAGCCCGCCAUGUCUGCCCUCACCAUUGUCCUGCAGGCGUACGGCAAAUACCACGAUGGGGACUUCAACAUCCACAGUGGCUACCUGUACAUCUCGUUGAUCUACAACCUGUCCGUCAGCCUGGCCCUGUACGCCCUCUUCCUCUUCUACUUUGCUACCCGAGAGCUGCUGCGUCCCUUCGAGCCCAUCCUCAAGUUCCUAACCAUCAAGUCCAUCAUCUUCCUUUCCUUCUGGCAGGGGCUGCUGCUGGCUAUCCUGGAGAAGUGUGAGGUCAUCCCCAAGGUGCAGGUCAUUGAUGGGAGCCUGGUAAGUGCAGGCACGCUGGCCGCCGGUUACCAGAACUUCAUCAUCUGUAUUGAAAUGCUCUUCGCCUCCAUCGCCCUGCGCUAUGCCUUCACCUGCCAGGUGUAUGCGGAGAAGAAGGAGAACUCACCAGCUCCCCCAGCCCCCAUGCUGAGCAUCUCCAGCGGCCUCAAGGAGACCAUGAGCCCCCAGGACAUUGUGCAGGAUGCCAUCCACAACUUCUCACCUGCUUACCAACAGUACACGCAGCAGGCCACGCAUGAGACCCCGGGACCUGACCCCCACACCAGCCCGGCUGGUGGGGGCAACAGGAAUCACAGUGUGGAGAAGAAGAUGCUGAUCACCGCCAAUGAGCUCUAG